UUAACAAUAAAUCGGUUACGCUGGUAGGAACAAAAGUCUGUCUCGAUCUUUCUUUACAACUGGAUUUCAUUUCUGAAACCCUAGUAAUGGCGGACCCCAAUAUGAAGCUAUUGAAGAAUCUCAUAUGGUACGCUGCUAGCGCCACUGUUAGUUGCUGGGUAUUGCUUGCAAGCCUUCGUAAGUUAGAUACCCAUCGCCAAGACAACAGAAGAUCAAGCGACCAACGCAAACAGCUUUUCAAACGAUUAGGCCGUACACUAUUCCCUACCACUCCUUACGAGGAUAUGAUAGCGUGUGAUAUUGUAAAUCCAGACCACAUAGAUGUGGAGUUUGAUUCAAUUGGAGGAUUGGACAGUACUAAGCAGUCAUUGUAUGAACUGGUGAUACUUCCAUUGCGUAGGCCUGAGUUAUUUGCUCAUGGACGGCUUCUUGGUCCGCAAAAAGGGGUGUUACUAUAUGGACCGCCAGGGACAGGGAAGACCAUGCUGGCUAAGGCAAUUGCAAAGGAAUCUGGAGCUGUUUUCAUUAAUGUUAGGGUGUCAAAUCUGAUGAGCAAGUGGUUUGGUGAUGCUCAGAAACUUGUUUCAGCUGUUUUCAGCCUGGCUCAUAAGCUACAGCCUGCAAUUAUUUUCAUUGAUGAGGUUGAUAGUUUCCUUGGACAGCGUCGAUCAACAGAUAGUGAAGUUAUAACCAACAUGAAAACCGAGUUCAUGACCUUGUGGGAUGGGUUCACUACUGAUCAGAAUGCUCGAGUAAUGGUACUUGCGGCAACCAAUCGGCCAUCAGAUCUUGAUGAGGCAAUACUUAGACGACUUCCCAUGGCUUUUGAAAUUGGGAAACCUGGACAGAGUGAUCGAGCAAAGAUACUGAAAGUGACUUUAAAGGGAGAGCGAAUAGAUGAAAAAAUCGACUUUGAGUACAUAGCUAGUUUAUGUGGGGGUUUCACUGGUUCGGACAUUUUUGAGCUCUGCAAGCAAGCUGCCUAUUAUCCUCUGAUGGAAUUUUUGCAAGAUGAGAAGAAUGGGAAAAAAGCAUCAGCACCAAGGCCUAUGUCUCAGAUGGACCUAGAAAAAGCUGUUGCUACAUCAAAAAAGGCCAAGAUUCCGACAUAUGAAGCUGGUGGGUCAACUUUUUGGUUACCACGCAUUGAACCUGAUGAUAAUCAGGAUUUCUAAAGCUAAUCCGGGAGAUGACGAACAUCUUGGUGUGAACUUCUGGUUCUGGAUAUUGAACCUUGUAGUCGUGUGUUCAGUUCCACAGCUUAUACGUUCUGCUACUUGAUGAUUCUUUUUUAACACAAUUGUUGUAUAGAAAUCUAUAGUGCUGAAGGUUGCUAGUCAAAUACAAAACAUAUUCAUUAUUUCUUAUCUUCAUCCAUCUAGGAAGACCACUUCAUUGCAUAUUAAAACCUUGUUGUCAGUUAUCACACAUUUGAUGCGACAUUAAGAGUGGGGCAUGACCGCCAGAAUAGGUGUAACAAAAACCAGAGAGAUGAGACAAGAUUGAUUAAAUACUAAACUACCCAUGUCAAAUUAAAACUCUAAAACCUUGCACAAUUUUUCCAUGUCCGUCCAGUCCUGUCAUGUAUGUGUACCAAAUGUACCCUUUUGUAUUUUUCCUUUGUUUUUGCACGGUACAAUGUUGUAUCCAGAAUCUUGGGGUCUUGGUAGGAAUGUACAAAUUUUAAUCUAGAAAAGCAGUAUAGUUUAUGGUAUAAAUAGAUUUGUUGUUACAUUUUAGUCCUUGAAAC